GUGGAGAACGCAAAGCCUUCACCUGGGGACAGCGGGAUUGCUGCCAGCCCGGGGCUGCAGGUGAUGGAGAGAGCUGGCGUCUUCGGCAAGAAGGAGCAUCUUCUGGGAGCACCUUCCCGGCUGUGGUCCCUGCCGAGAAACUUCUCUCACAGCCUGGCGGCUCAUUUUUCAGCUGUCACAGCAUCUCCCCACUGCCCCCGCAUGGCUCAAUCCCCUCUGGUCCCGAGGAGCCGGAGAAUGGUUGGAAAAAACCCAAUGAGACGGCUGGAGGAGUUGGGAUGUGUUUGAAGGGAUGUGCUGGGAUCACCGCUGGGAUCACCCUCCUUUGUGCCCAUGUUUGCAAAAGCCCCUCACUGUGCAACUGCAUUUUACCCCUCUGUGGACGGUGGCUGAGGGCUAAUAUGCACUGGUCCCGGGAGCAGCAGGACAGACGGACAGUCGUGGCAGCAGGGAGUUUCCACCCCCAUGGGUGCUCCACACAGCUGUUGAAUGAGUCAGCAGCAGUUGCUCCAGCAGCUGGCCUGCCCCUCCGCGUGAGGACAGGGCUCUGCAUAUAAGCGGAGGAGCUCACUUUGCCUUUCAUCCAUCCCUUUGGUUGCUUCGCUGGGUGACGGGAUUCAUCCCUGCUCCUUCGCAAAGACCCAGCGUGAUGCCGCUUAAGAAAUCUGACCCGAAGAAGGAAGCAGUCAAACCAGCUCUGGCCCCAGAGCCGCCCAGAGAGCUUGCCUUCGAUCCCGGGAGUGUGAAGAUUGAAUUCACUGCAGAGCAGACCGAAGAGUUCAAAGAAGCCUUCAGCCUGUUUGACCGGACGCCCACAGGGACCAUGCAGAUCACCUACGCGCAGUGUGGGGACGUCUUACGGGCGCUCGGCCACAACCCCACCAAUGCGGAGGUCCUGAAGGUGCUGGGCAAGCCCAAACCAGAAGAAAUGAACAUAAAGAUGCUGGACUUUGAGAGCUUCCUCCCCAUCCUGCAGCACUUCACCCGCAACAAGGAGCAAGGCACCUUCGAGGACUUUGUGGAAGGGCUGCGCGUCUUCGACAAGGAGGGCAAUGGCAUGGUGAUGGGCGCCGAGCUGCGCCACGUGCUGGUCACACUGGGGGAGAAGAUGACAGAAAAUGAGGUGGAGCAGCUCAUGGCAGGGCAAGAAGAUGCCAAUGGCUGUAUCAACUACGAAGCUUUUGUCAAGCACAUCAUGUCUGGCUGACAGCAGAAACUUCAGGCUCUUGGAAAUAUUUGAACCCACCUGAGCACCACAAAGAGCGAGGUUCCUCCAUCCAUGUCCCUUCCUCCCUGGGCGUCGCACAUCCACAGCGACAUUUCACAUGAACCACCACGAAGACUCGGCCUCUACGUGUGUGUGCCUAAGCCUCCAUAUCCAAUAAGAUGUCUGCAACUUGGUUUUAAACCUCAAGUUAUUCUUUUCAGGUUUUUCCUGUGAUGUUUGGCUCAUUAAAUUCCAUUCCUUCCUCCCUCAAACAGUAUC